ACAGCUUAUGUUGUCCCUUCCUUUGCAGGGUUCUCCCCCAAUGGAAGGAAGAAACACCAGCAACACACUGUUCUUAUUUUAGAGCGCAUUGGCAUCAAAUGUGAAGAUCAAAGAGAUGGACCACGGCGGAGGGAUCCUGGAGCUACACACACAGGAGUUAAAGAUGCCUCACACCAUGAUCAUGCAAGACUUUGUGGCAGGAAUGAGGGGCCUGGCCCACAUCGAAGGGGAUCACAUUGUGGUGUCCAUGCCAGAGGGCAUGCUCCUGUCUGACGUCAUGACGGACGAAGGCAUUCUGCUGGAGCACGGCCUGGAGGUGGAGGGCCUUGAGACAGAGGUGGAGGGCCUUGAGACGGAGGUGGAGGGCCUUGAGACGGAGGUGGAGGGCCUUGAGACGGAGGUGGAGGGCCUUGAGACGGAGGUGGAGGGCCCUGAGACGGAGGUGGAGGGCCCUGAGACGGAGGUGGAGGGCCCUGGGACGGAGGUGGAGGGCCUUGAGACGGAGGUGGAGGGCCUUGAGACGGAGGUGGAGGGCCUUGAGACGGAGGUGGAGGGUCUUGAGACGGAGGUGGAGGGCCCUGAGGUGGAGGGCCCUGAGACGGAGGUGGAGGGCCUUGAGACGGAGGUGGAGGGCCUUGAGACGGAGGUGGAGGGCCUUGAGACGGAGGUGGAGGGCCUUGAGACGGAGGUGGAGGGCCUUGAGACGGAGGUGGAGGGCCCUGAGACGGAGGUGGAGGGCCCUGAGACGGAGGUGGAGGGCCUGGAGACGGAGGGCCUUGAGACGGAGGGCCUGGAUAUGGAGGGCCUGGAGACUGAGGUGGAGGGCCUUGAGACGGAGACGGAGGGCCUGGAGACGGAGGGCCUGGAGACUGAGGUGGAGGGCCUUGAGACGGAGACGGAGGGCCUGGAGACGGAGGUGGUGGAGCUGGAGACACAGAUGGUCGAGGGUCUCGAAGAAGACCUAGAGACGGAGGUGAUUGAAGGCCCUGACAUCGGCCACGAGCACUUGCUGGGUGCCGAAGUGGCUAUGGACUCUCACCACCACCACCUUCACCAUGUUCUAACCUCAGACCUCAUUCAGGGCUCAGUCCACCAUCACCAUCACAUGCCAGACCAGCUCUUUGUGGAGCACCAGGAGGAGGAUGGGGUGGAGGGCUUGGACCAGGAGGUGCUGGUUGGGGAGGAGGUGGGGCAGGAGGAGACAGUGAUCCAGGCCCAUGAGGAGCUGGAGGUGGAGGCUGUCUCUCUGCAGACUGACGAGGAUGAGGAGGAUGUGAAGAGCACCUCGGAGGACUACCUCAUGAUCUCCUUGGAUGACGUUGGUGAGAAACUGGACAUAGUAGACACUCCUCUAGAGAUCACUACUGAGAUGAUGCAGGACGAUGGCUCCAACAAGGAGGGGUCAGAGGUCAUCAAGGUCUACAUUUUCAAAGCAGAGGCCGAUGACGAUGUGGAGAUAGAUGUGUCAGACAUGGCAGAGCAGGUGUACAUGGAGGUGAUUGUUGGAGAGGAGGAGACUUCAGUAGUCCAGGAGAACCAGCUAGAUGACUCUCCAAACAGCAAGAUGUUUGUCCCGGUCUCCUGGGCUGCUGCCUAUGAUAACAGUGUGGACACAGUGAAGAAUGGAGGGACCAGGCCCUACAUUCAGAUCAGAGACGGUCAGGGUACCAACAGAGCCCUCAAACAGAAGAUCAGGAAGAAGAAGAGGAAGGGAGAGACACGGCAGUGCCAGACCGCUGUGAUCAUCGGUCCAGACGGCAUGCCCCUGACCGUCUACCCCUGUCACAUCUGCGGUAAGAAGUUCAGGUCACAAGACUUCCUCAAGUGCCACAUGAAGAACCAUCCUGACCACCACCUUAAGAAGUACCAGUGUACCGACUGUGACUUCACCACCAAUAAGAAGGUCAACUUCCACAACCACCUGGAGUCCCACAAACUACUGGUUCAUCGCAGUGACAGAGACCGAACCUCUUCCCCAGAGUACCCGGACUACAACAGGACCACCCCAGAGUACCCAGAAUACAACAGGACCACCCCAGAGUACCCAGAAUACAACAGGACCUACACAGAAUACACCCGGCGUUACCACGAAGACAGCCAGCUAGGGUCUAACAAGCUGAUCCUGAGGGACAAGGAGUCCAAACUGCACCACUGUAAGUACUGUGACUAUGAGACUGCAGAGCAGGGGCUCCUCAACCGCCACCUGUUGGCCGUUCACAGCAGGAACUUCGCCCACGUGUGCGUGGAGUGCACUAAAGGCUUCCGUCACCCGUCAGAGCUCAAGAAGCACAUGCGGACCCACACGGGGGAGAAGCCGUACUGCUGCCCGCACUGUGACUUUCGCUGUGCAGACCAGUCCAACCUAAAGACUCACAUCAAGAGCAAGCACGGUGCCGACCUGCCUUUUAAGUGUGGCCACUGCCCCCAGGCCUACGCUGACGAAGGGGAGCUGCAGCGGCACACGGAGAUGGUGCAGGGCCACAAGACCCACCAGUGUCCCCACUGCGAACACAAGAGCACCAACUCCUCUGAUCUAAAACGACACAUUAUAUCUGUUCACACCAAAGACUUCCCUCACCAGUGUGACGUGUGUGAGAAGGGCUUCCACCGGCCCUCUGAGCUGAAGAAACACUCAGAGACGCACAAGGGCAGCAAGGUGCACCAGUGCAGGCACUGUAACUUCACGACCUCUGAACCUUUCACCCUCAGCAGACACAUCCUGUCCGUUCACACCAAGGACCUCCCCUUUAAGUGUAAACGCUGCCGGCGAGGGUUCCGCCAGUCCACGGAGCUGAAGAAACACAUGAAGACCCACAGCGGGAGGAAGGUGUACCAGUGUCAGUACUGCGAGUACAACAGCCCGGACGCUUCAGGAUUCAAACGCCACGUGAUCUCGAUCCACACCAAGGAAUACCCCCAUUGCUGUGACUACUGUUGUAAAGGCUUCCGAAGGCCCUCGGAGAAGAGCCAGCACAUAGCCAGGCAUCACAAAGAUAUGUUGAUGGAGCGUUGUGAAUACAGUGACGACACAACGUUACCCGGAUAGAAACAGACUGCACACACUCGGUCUACGUAGACCUGAUUCACACGACAAAGGGGGAACACGGUUAGGAAGUUGAUAAGGAUGGAAUGGUACAUUUAGACUGCUAGCGACGAUAACAUUCUGACUGACUGCUUCUCUUUUUCUACUGGUUGUAUAGAGUAGGAAUAGGUCUCACCAGACCCCCUCCCAUUCCCUCUCCCCCAGGUGUAAUCAAACUAAGCAUAUUGUGGAAGUUGGGAGAAGAUUAAAACCAGGGUACAUGUAGUCUUUAUGUAUGUAUUUAUCUGCAGAGAGAGGAUUCACCAUAUGAUGAACAUUUAUUCAGGGUCUCAAAUUAAGUCUAUUUUUUAUACAUGUUGAAACUCUGAGGUGGGGAAAAGACAGACGUUAUUUGAGAACAUUCAGGCCUCUCUCUCUGUGUUUCUCUCCCUCGCUCUCUCUGUGUUUCUCU